UAAUGUGCGUGCGCGUUUGUACAUGAUCGAUUACAUGUAUAUACAUCUAUCAUCAUUUAUAUAUUUAUAUCAGAAUCCAUUCUCAGAAUCUCAUCUCACUUUCUCUUAUCAAAGCACAACAAGAAAACUCUCAGAGAGAUGACUUCCACACUUCAACUCCACCGCAUCAACCACCAUAACACCACCACCACACUCUCCAAAAACUUCCACAAACAACAACAACAACAUCCCACAUGGCCAAUCCCCGACAACCUCUUCCAUUACCACAACCAUGCUGUGGGUCCCACCAACAACAACCAAUGUUGUUCCACCAUAGUACAAUCCAUAUCCACCUCCAUCGACACUGUAUGGUCCAUUAUCAGCCGAUUCGACACCCCGCAAACCUACAAGCACUUCCUCAAGAGCUGCCACGUCAUCCUCGGAGACGGGAAAAAAACCGGUUCCCUGAGGGAAGUCCACGUCAUCUCCGGUCUCCCAGCGGCUACGAGCAUCGAAAGGCUCGAAAUUCUAGACGAUGAGAAGCAUGUUAUGAGUAUUAGUAUUGUCGGUGGGGAGCACCGGUUGAGUAAUUAUCGGUCUGUGACGACGCUUCAUCGGACGGUGGAGGAGGAUGGUGGUGAUGGUGAAGGGACGGAGGUGGUGGAAUCUUAUGUUGUGGAUGUUCCACAUGGGAAUACUAAGGAAGAAACGUGUGUGUUUGUUGAUACGAUUGUACGUUGCAAUUUGCAAUCUUUAGCGCAACUAGCGGAGAAUUUGGAGAAAACUAAGUAUACAACAACUGUGAGAUACUUGUGCAAUUAGGAAUCCUCACGUUAUAAUUUCCUCCCCCAUUUCUCCUUCCCCUACCCCUUAUAAAAAAGAAAAAAAAAAGU